ACUCGUACCGGUAUCUGAAUCUGGGACGUCUUCACGAGACGAAAAAUCAUUGGUUGGAAGAGAACGAAGCAGAUAAAACUUCGAAGUAUCUUGCUACGGUACGUACUCUACUACUGUAGCGAGCAUUUGUACUCGUACCUCGGCAGACUGGUAAAAUUGACACCUCGACAACCAAAACGAAAUACGAACAACGACGAAUCAACCGAGGACCCGAUUGCUUGAACUGCAUAAUUUCUAUUCUGCUUCCAGCAUUCAACAUUGCUGAACUGGUUUGCUCUCCUUGGUGUCCUUCUAUUUAAUUUUGGUAUCUACAGAAUGGCGUUGACGUGCUCCUCUCCGGGUUGCUCGAAUGCGGUUACCGGCAAUCUUGCGUGCCCAAAUUGCAAGAAACUCGGACUAAACAAUUACUUUUGCACACAGGAAUGCUUCAAAAAGAACUACGCUGCGCACAAACAAGUCCAUGUCAUCGCAAAACAGGUGCUUGCAGCUAGUGGGUAUGUAAUAUUCUGAAACGAAACUAAACGAAACGACGAUUGCGAACAGCAUAGCCGGCCACAAUAGAGAUCCUUUACAUACCUUGCGUAAUACAUUUGCUGAUGCUUGGUUUCCAUUUGCAUAUUCUUGUUUGAUAUAUCCAUCCAUCCAUCCAUCCUCAGCGGGCAAUCAGCUACUUGUUCAACGGCGCCCCAGGACGGAAUUUCUUGUGCACUCGAUGCACCUGCAGAAACAAAAAUGUCAGAGCCGAGCUGGGCGAAGUACUUUUCCUUCAGCGGAUCCCUCCGGCCCGCCCUGCAAUCUCCGAAACGGGUCGUCCCCCGGACCAUCAGGCGCCCGGACUACGCCGACCACAUUGCGGGCGUGUCCGAAUCCGAGCAACGCGACAAGAGAAACCACAACAACAUUCGGGUAUACACCUCGGAGGAACUCGACGGCGAAGACGGGUUGCGCCACGCCUGCAGGAUGGGACGGGAGGUUCUGAACGAGGGAGCAAAGGCAAUCCGAGUUGGAGUGACGACAGAUGAAAUUGACCGCGUGGUGCACGAGGCAUGUAUAGAACGAGAUUGCUAUCCAAGUCCAUUGAACUACUACAAGUGAGUUGCGCGUUUUGUUGGUAUGGUUUCGUUUUCGACCUGUUGGUAAGCUAAGGUGCUACGACAUAGAUUCUUGAAGGGAUUCUGACGGGUUGGGGUUGUUUCUUUUUCUUACAUCGUGCAACAGCUUUCCAAAAAGUGUCUGCACUUCCGUAAAUGAGGUCAUCUGUCACGGUAUCCCCGACUUCCGAGAAGUACAAGAUGGCGACAUCGUCAACAUCGACGUCACAACAUUCAACAGAGGUGGAUACCACGGCGACUUGAACGAAACAUUCCUUGUCGGCAACGUCGACGACGAUGGCAAGCGGCUUGUGAAGACAUCGUUUGACUGCCUUGCCGCGGCCCUAGAUAAGGUGAAACCCGGGACGCUCUAUCGCGACCUCGGAACGGCCAUUCACAAGACAGCUAGCAAAAACAAGUGCAGCAUCGUCCGAACCUACUGCGGACAUGGGAUUGGCUCGCUCUUCCACACGAUACCGAAUGUGCCUCACUAUCACAAGAACAAAGCGAAAGGAACGAUGAAGGCCGGCCAUGUUUUCACGAUCGAACCUAUGAUCAAUCUCGGGAAUCCCGGGGAUUUUACGUGGGGAGACAACUGGACGGCGGUAACGACCGACGGUAAGCGCAGCUCACAGUUCGAGCACACUAUACUGGUAACCGACACUGGAUACGAGCUUCUUACGGGAAGAGAGAACGAACCCGUGAUGACGUGGGAUGCCGCGCUAAACUCUCGCUAGAAACAAGAAUGUCGUAAUAGAUAUUGAUCAAACAG